AUGGCUGGUGGGCAAGUGGCGGCGCACAGGGCGUUCCUGCUCUGCAACUACUUGCUUCUGGGCACGGCGUCGGGCUGCAUCUUCCUCACACUCUCGCUCCGCCUUGUCCCAUCCCCGUCCGGCCUGCUCCUCGUCUUCCUCCACGCGCUCACCGCGGUCUUUGCCGCGGCUGGCUGCUCGGGCUCCUUCACUACCCCCACAGCCGGCGCCGGAGCCCAGCACACUGCACAUACCGCCGGUGCCGUCCUCACUGCCAUCUUCCAGGGUGCUGCAGCCGUGCUCGCAUUCACCCGCACGGCUGACUUCCUCGCCGAGCUGCGGUCCUACGUCCGGGAGGACGACGGCGCGGUUAUCCUCAGGCUCGUCGGCGGUCUUGGCGCCGCCAUCUUCGUGCUCGAGUGGGCCUCGCUCGCACUCGCCUUCGCUCUUCGGCUCAGCGAAGACGGCGGCGAGGAGGCAACCGACGGUGGCGAGUACAGCAAGAGCUUGCCGUCUGGCUACCACGUCUGA